CCUAAACAAAGGCGACACGCGGCGUCAGAACCGGCGGGUCUGCUUUUGCCGCCGCCGCCACUUCUGCUUUCCCGCUCGGGUCUCCCAGGGCUGGAAUAUGCCGCCUACCAGGGACCCCUUCCCAUUUCCCCAUUAUGAAAGUGAAGACACCUGCACUGGCCAGCCCAGGAAUUGCCAGAAAGCUUCCUAUACUCUGCCCACCCAUCUGGCCCAACAGCGAGACCCCUGGAAUCGACUGCAUGCCACACCUACCCUAGCAAGCACCAGAAGGGAAGUCUGGUACACAGAGCCUGAGGUUUCCAGAGACAGCCUGGAUUUUAACCUCAGUUCCUUGUAUAAUCACCAUAAAGACUUGCUUAAAGACAAGAGCAAGGUAGUCCUCCACAAAGAGACCAUUUUUGAUGACCAUGGAGCUUUGAAGGGUUUAGAGUCUGUGAAAGAACGCAUUAUGCCUCCAAUUCAGCCUCACGCUUCCAAGGGCAUCUCUGUGAGACACUGGGUCAACCCAAUAAAAGAGUCAAUCCACAGCACUGAGGGAGCUAUUGAGAGUCCUCACACUGCAGCCACCAACAGUGGAUACUCCCGUAAAGAGAAUGGUGGGAUCUUCUAUCACUAAAAGUUUUGCAAGGCCAUCCUGCUUCCGUCCUUUAGCUUGUAUUAAUUUGCAGCUGAGUUAAUUCUUUACUGUCUGCUUUGCUUUUAGAUUCUUAAUUAAACCCUCCAGCUACACUGA